UUAGAAACCUCUGUCGUACAUUAUACUAUCAAGCUUUCCUUCCUAUGUGGUUUCUGUCUUUUCUAAAGAUGCCCCUUUCGUUCAAAGCAACUAGACUGUCGGAACGAAAGCUGUAUCUUUCCCUUCUGAUUCGUUCGUGUCUCGUUACAUGGCUGCUAAUUGGCCUGCUAAUUACUAUAACCGUCUCUCUGCAUUGCUAGUGACAGGUGAUUUCCCAAGUCCUAAUACCCAAGUGCGAACACUUUGAACGAUGGCUGGCUACUACGAGAUACUAGAAUUGCGAUGCACCGCCACAAAGGAGGACAUCAAAAGGGCAUAUAGAAGAUUGGCAUUGAGAUGGCAUCCUGACAAAAACCCUGAAAACCUAGAAGAAGCGAACAGGAGAUUCAAAGAAAUAUCCGAGGCGUACGAAGUCUUAAUUGAUGAAAGGAAAAAAAGCAUCUAUGAUCAAUAUGGAAAGGAAGGACUUCAAACGUUCCAUGCUGAGAAGCGAUACAAGAACAACUUUAAUCCGUGCUUCACUGGACCCUUCAUGUUUAGAAACGCUGAGGAAGUAUUUAGAGAAUUCUUUCGUACUACUUCUUUCGAGUUCCCUAACCCUAUUGGAGUCAGUGUACACCUCGGACCCAGCGUGCAUAGUCAUCCAAGCAGUAACAGCAUUAGACCGCCAUUCUUUGGCUCGUUCGAAUUUCAUCCCUUUGGUUUCCCACGAUUCAACAACUCGUUUCAAGUUCUGCCAGGAAGCUUCACCUGGUUCAAUACGAAUCGCAGUCGAGUCGGCAGUAUUAGUACUAUGAUAAGACAGACAAGUAUUUCAACUCAAUUUAUCCACGGCAAAAAGAUCACCAUCCAAAGGAUUUUCGAAAAUGGAAUGGAAAUAAUAAUGGCGUACGAGAAUGGCGUGCUAAGGUCGAAGACGGUGAAUGGCGUGCCACAACUAAUAAUAUACAGUUAAAAUCACUUCUCUAUCAAGAACGUUCGCUCGAUCUCCGCUUGACAAUUGAGAAAUUCUUCGUCGUGUCACGUUUGCAAGUAAUAUUUCUGCGCUCUACCGAGAUGUGUUCCAACUACCUACCUACCUGAUAUAAAUAUAAAAAAAAUGAAAGAAAAGAGAGCACAAUUGUCACCGGGGCUAAUCUAACAAUUCAAAAUAUUCUUGUGUCUAUUAUUUAAAUCGUUUCUUCAUCAAUUUACUUCGUUUUAUCUAUUUUAUUUAUUUUAUCGUUGAAAUAUUCUAUUAGAAAAUAUUGUUUAAAUGUAGCAGCUGUUUGACAUAUUCUCCACACAUUGUGUAACAAGAGAACAGUAAAAUACAUAUACAUAUAUGUCGGAGAUGAAAGAACACCGGAGCCUCUCUUCGGAACUUGGGGAG